AUGAAAUAUUCAAACAAUCCAUAAUUUCAAUCAAUUGAAAAGGCUAGGAGAGGUACUUUGAUAUUCUUAAUCCACUCUAGAAUCUCCAUAGACUGAUAGGCUAAAAGUAUUGACUGAGAAAUGGUCUAAUUUAAAAUAAGGAUUGGAUAAAGAGAAGAAUGACAAGAAAGAAUUAGUCGAAUAGCACAUCCAAAGAAUAGAGUCUCUUUUGAAUUAAGAGAGACCUAAGGAAGAGCAGAAGUUCAAGACUUUGAAAGAUCAUUUGUUAAAAUUAUAAGAUUAGGUUUAUCAGGAAAAAAAUGAUAGAGAAUUAUUUGAUGAACUAAAAUAGAAAGACCUUCGCAAUUUUGAAGAAUAGUUAACUUAGCAAGUGGAAGAUGAAAAAAGUGUAAAUAUUUGAAUUUAAUAAUGUAAUUAGAAUAAAAGAAAAUUAGAAUUGUAGUUGUUAAAAUAAAUUGAAGAGAGGUUCAACAGUCUNAUAUCAAUUAAACACAAUUAAAAAAUUGAAUGGAGAACCAUGACGAUGAUGUAAAGCAUAUGCUUAUGA